ACAGUAACGCCACCAAGUCGAGGCGAAAGACUCUCCACAGUCGUCGCCGUUUAGUAAGUCGCGGUUAGACUAAAGUUAAUUCAAAAUUCUCGUAGUAUUUCCGGGCUGAAAAAAUCAACAGUGCGUUAGUAGAAAGCCGCGACUAAAAGCAAUUAUAAGACUUAAAGAAAAAAAUCGGAAAAACAGGAAAAAUAGUAGAUACGUAGCCAAGUGACAGCGCGUACGCGGCAAGUGGCAUCUCUCGAGAAACCCGUCACUCUGAACGCAUGACGUAAUUGUAUUGAUCGCGGAAGAAGAGCCGAAAGUCGCGCAUUCGCCAUCUUGGACGAAUUGUGGAAAAGAAGAAGUUUGUGUGUUCUCGCAGGCGCGUACCAAUUGUAGGAACUGUAAUCCGUGGCGAUCCGUGUUAAAAGUAGUUUUAUUGGGAUUUAAACCCGUUUGUGAACUGCAACCCAUUUGGACGGACCAAGACAAAGGGUUCGUUCGUUGGGUCUGAGUGGUACUAAAUGGUUGCCUGCAGACAGCAUGUCUACUCUGUCGGGGAUUGUGUCGAAGGGGGAGAAAGGAAAAUCCAAGUUUCAGUCAUUAGAUAUCAAUAGCUUGUACCGAGUGAGCAGGGGGGAAUCUUUGGAACAGCACCAACAAAAAAGUACAUUACCACGCAAACAUGGCAUGCAGAGUUUGGGAAAGGUGCCUUCGGCGCGGCGUCCACCGGCUAAUUUGCCCAGUUUGAAAAGUGAAUAUAGCAGCAGUGAUCCAGCUGUAAGUCUAGUACCUAGUGGCGGAAGCGGUUGGGCAACUACCAAGGAACCAUCACCGUUAACUACUUCUACAACCACUAACGCAACAACUGCCCCACCAUCCGACACUUCAACUACCAAUUCAUCAACGUCACAAUGUGCGGCAGCGACAACUCCUGUAUCAGCACCGUCACAGCAGCCAUCACUGCCAGGCCAGCAGCAACAACAACAGCAACAACAAAAUACUUCCCAAUCUCCACAUCUCUCAGAAGCAGGGAACAAAUCAUCAUGGAGUGCAAUUAUGAGCAGACCCGGAGAUGCCGGUUCACCCGUCGUGUCAGCUGUGGUUGGUUACGCGGGACUCGUGGGGGGCGGGAGAGCGGGAAGAGGUGCCCUCGGACUGAGUUUCCUCGCCCAUCAGUCCCCGCAGUUCCAACACGAGUUUCCCAGUCUCAGUGGACAGCCCUCCGUCUCCACUCAGAACCAGACUCAACAGUCCUCGACAACGACCACUGUGAUCUCGGUCAAUGUCCAGCAUCAAUCGUUGCUACCGCAACAGUCGUAUUCCCACAAUCAUCCAGGUGCGUCAACAGGACAACAAUCACAACAAAAUCGCGAGAUGAACGCACAGUAUGGACCUGGUCCAAGUCUACGUCCACAAACCGAAGGAAGUUGGAUCCAAGGUGGGAGCCGUACACCAGGAGGAGCAAGUGGUACAGGAGGUGGGAGUACUCCGGUGGGCCAGGGCCCCCCUAUUGGAAUUGGACCAGCGCCAGGACAUUCAGAGGGACUUGGUGGAGGACGUCAGAACUUGGGCCCAUCACCGGUCAUGGGUACGGCCCAGGCAGGCCAGCAAAGCAAUCAAAGUUCCGCGUCCACAGGCGCAAAUACAGCAUCAGGUCCAAACCUACAUCAUUAUCGUGGACUCAUUCCCCCAUUUAUGUACAGAGGAAACUCCUUCCCACAAGGAGGUUUCCAACCACAAAUAUCGUCGUCAAACAUGAGCUCAAGUGGACCACGUCCACGAUUCAACAAUUCUUCAGAUCGUUUUCCAGCGUUUGGACGCCAGGAGGAGCGUGAAGGACGCCCUCUAGUUGAAGAAGUUGUUACUCGUCCAAUUAUUAAAGAAGAAGAUCUUACUCGUAUGGAUGAUAUUUCGCAUGACCCUGGAUGGGCUGCGCAGGAUGAUAUAGAUUAUAAUCAGAAAUUAACAUUUAGUGAUGAUGAACCUGAGCCUGAACCGACGAAGAAAGAAGAGAAAAAGGAGUCUUCACCACCGAAAGAAGAAAAACCGGUGGAAAUUUCACUUGAAGAAAAAGAGAGACUUCGUGAAACUUCCGAGUCUCCACGAGAUUCUAAAGAUGCCCGAGACAAUUUGCAAUCAGCGAAUCGUUCAUGGUAUCCAUCAGAUCGUUUAGGUCCUAGUCCACGUGAUUAUCGUGGUUCAAAUGGACCUACAACUAGAGACAACUAUUCAACACAGCCGCCGUUGCGUCCAAGUCAUCCUCUGCGAGGAGUUGAAGAAGAAGAAAUAUGGAAUCAACGUCGUCGUGAACAAGGUGAAAAAGUUGCCUCAGCUGUAGUACGUGCUCGUCAACGUAAAGAAGAAGAAGAAAAACGUUUCCAGGAGUCAAAACAAGCAGCAGCUAAAAAAUUACAAGAUUUAGAACAAAAAAUGAAGAAAAAACAGGCAAAGACAGAUGAUUCUGUCCCAGUUGCCGAAUCUAAAGGAUUAAUAAAUAUUCCCUCUGUGCCUAUUCCAGUGCCUGAUUGGGAACGAGAAAGAGAGAAUCGUGAGAGAGAAAGUCGUGAUCGCGAACGCUCUCGCACAUCCUCAGAAGAUAAAGAUGAAAAGCCACCGAGUCGUGAAACACGCGACAGAGAUUUGAUCCGUGAUUCAAGAGAUUCUACAAAUGAUUUUUCAAAUCGCACUAAUUUCAUGAGACCACUAGACCUCAAUAGAGCCGAGAGAGAUAGAGAUCGUGAUCAAAGAGAGAAUCGCGAUCGUGAGAAUCGUGACCGAGAUCAACCAGCAUUCUCACGCCAAUUUCAAAGUAACUUGCCUCCACGUUUCCAGAAACAACAAGCUGAAAGAAGUGGUGCAGCUUAUAAUCGAGUGUCACCAAAUGCUGAAAGAAUUUCAUCACAACCAAAUGUACCAUUUUCACAACAAUAUGAUCCUGGAAGAUGGUCUCAUAAUUCAUCAUCCUCUAACAAUGUAAAACAAUCACAUUCAAUGCCUUUGCCUCAACGUCGACGUACGGAUUCUGACAUUGCUAGUCCACUUGAUGAAGAUCCACGUCCACCUUCUCGUGAUCAUGGCAGCCAACGAUCUAGAGAUGAUCGAUUCCGACCUUCAAUGCAUCAUCUUUUCGAUGGUCGUAAAUCUGGAUAUCAUGAUGAUUAUGGCAGAUACAAAGAUGAUUAUGAUCGUGAACACGAUGACAGACACAGCCGUGAGUCUUGGGAUCGUGAUCGUGACCGUGAACGUGACCGUGAACGCAUGUAUGAUGAUAAAGACAGAGACUCGCACUCGCGAAGUUCUCGAGAUUCUCGCGACUUCAAAGAUCGAGAUUAUCGUGAUAGAGAUGGUCGAGAAAGUCGUGAUAAUCGCGACAUUAGAGAGAAGGAUUAUGAUAAUUACAUAAAAUCUUCGACCUUGCAAGACAACCUUGAUCGUGAUGAUCGUGAAUCCACACGAGAACGUUCAGAAAGCGGAGAAUGGGGAGACAGUCGUCGUGAUGAUCGCAGUCUACCUGAUGACAAUCGUCGUGAACCUUUAUCAAGAGAUGACCGUAUUGAACGCAAUGAACGUCCACAGCGACCUGAUUCUCGUGAUUCUCGUACAUCACGUGAAUCAAAAGCAUCAUUGCGUGAUGAUGACUUCCAUAAAUCACGCGAUUCUUCGUCUUGGAUUCAUGAUAUUUCUGAUUAUGAAGAAAAGAAGAGAGACAUUUAUCGUGAUGAUCAUCGUGAACGUGAUCGCGAACGAGAUAGAAGACAACCUCCUGGACCUAUAACUCGAGAAAAAUUACAAGCAGAAGAUUUGAAGAAUGAAAAACGUAAUUUAACUCAAUUAAAACGUGGAGGUCCUGAUCAAGAAAAGAAAGAUCCUAUAAAAGAAUCUCCAACAGAAGUAAAGAAAGAGCCUGAAGGCUGGAGAAAAUUAGAUCGUACACCUGAAACCACACGUGCAAAUGAGAAUUCUCCAAAAGCUUGGGCUGAUGCUGUAUCUCCGACAUUUGAAAAAGAUGAAGAAAAAAUUCCAGAACCAACAAAGGAUGAAAAAGAUAUCAAUGAAUUGAAAGCAAGUAUGGAGAAAUUGAGUGUUGAGAAACGGGAAGAGUUACAUGUUGAAGAAGUUAAAGAGGAGCCGAAAGAUGAAAAACGUGAGAAAAAUACACGAAACAGAACAAGUAGUGGAAGCUUUCGAGGUCGAGAACCUCGUGGAGGUCGUAGUUGGGGUGGAGCUUAUAAUGUUUAUACUCGUGGUUGGCGAGGACCUGAGUCUCGUGGCCGUCGUGGUGCUGGAUCUCGCUCGAUUGGCCGACCUGGUUCUGCUAAAAGCGGUUCCUAUGGUCAUACAGAUUCAGAAAUCAGUGGAGACGAAGUUUCUGGCUCAACCGAAUCGGGUAAAGAUGAAAGGAGAACUGCUGUGUCACCCAAACCUGCACAAAAAUCUGAUAAAGAUGAUCGUAAUAGAGAAGUAUCAAGACGUGAUGACAAACGAAACUCUGGUGAGUAUCCAUCAGGUCGAAACGAUAAACGUGGUGGUUAUGAUGGACGUCCAAGUCGUGAGGGCUUCGCUCCCUCUGGUGAACCUUCCAGACGUGGUCGAGGGGGGUUUCGAGCACGAGGAGCCACGUCCGGUGGCCGCAUGGAAGGGUACGGACCUCCUCCGAGCAAAAGCCCUUUUUCAACAGACCGGAGCGUGGACGAGAAACAGAAUACAGGAGCACAGAACUCUCCAAUACCCGUGGGCGAAGGAGACAAUCAGACGUCAUCUACACUAGAAUCUACCGACGACAAAAUUAUAGCUAAGCAACAUGCACUCACGGCAGGCAUUACAGGUAGACGUAAUAAGUCACCAAAUCCACAGAACAAUCAGAAUAAACAUGAUUUAGGCCAUCCUAAUGCAGGGCAUAACACCGGUUUACAGAAAAAUCUAUCCAAAAAAGAUGAUCUCAAGUCAAAACGAACUCGAAGUGGAAGUAGGAGAAGUCGAGAUAAUCGAGAUCGAGUUCGUGGAAGUAAUAUAAUCAAACAGAAUUCAACUGAUGUGGGUAAUGAAGAGUGGGAAACGACAUCUGAAAAUAGUGAAGAUCACAUUGAUGACCACAAAGAUAAUCGUAAUAGUCAUAAUAAACAGUAUCGCAGUGGCUCUGGAUCAAACCAAAAUUCUGGUAAUAAUCCACAAUCUCGUCGUCAUGACCAAGUUAAUAACCGUGAACAACGUGAGAAAUCUAAAAUUAGUUCUCGUGCGCCAGGUGCGGAGAAACGAAAUGCUCAAAAUGCAGCUUUCAAUCAACGAAAUCAUUCCGGUAAUAUUCCUUUACAAGGUCCACAAACGCAAAAUGGUCGACCUCGAAGCCAAGGUUCUGCAAAUAAUCAGGUUGGAAAAAAUAAAGAAACAACUGUUAAUCGUGUUGAUGAAAUUAAAUUGAAUGAUCCUAAUGCAGUGGAUCAGAUUAUUAAAGAUGUAGGUAAAAAAUUCCAAAACCGUGAUAAGAAAUCUAUUGAUUCUGAAAUUGAAGCUAAUAAUUAUUCAACUGGAGGUGAUGAUGGAGGAAAUAGUACUGAAGAUAAAGUUGAUGCCGAUGGUUUCCAAGAAGUACGUUCGAAGAAGAAUCAAAAGGAUUCUAGACAAAAAGAAGAACCUAAACCAUCACGUCGUGAGAAAGAUAAAGAACGUGAACGAGAUCGAUCAAAAUCUAAAUCAAAUGGACCUCAACCAAAUGCUCAACCAACUCAGAAUAUUCCUCCUCUUUUGGGCCAGCCAAUUCCACAGCCUGCGAAUCUGCCAAGAUCAUUCGAUCGUAGUUCGAAUCGAAAUAAACUUGCACCAAGGUUCCAGAAACAGAAAUUGGCGAAGCAACAACAACAACAUUCUAACUCUGACGGAGGUGAAUCCAAUAAAAUUGGAGGAUCUAAUUCAAAUUAUUUGAAAGACUCCAGUGGUGGUCCAGCUCCUCCUCCAUCAGUUAACGCUUGGGAUAAGCCAUUCACUAGCCAAUUAAGAUCGAAUUCACCAAACUCAGGAAUAUCCGCAGACAUUCAAUUGAUGUCUGGACUUACUGGGCCAAAUGAUCACGCACAUGAGAUGAAUGAGCAAGCUAAUUCUGCUGGAAGUAGCCAAAGAAAUUCUCCUAAUGGUGAAAAAGCUUUGAAGGCUGUCAAGGAAUCUGUUGUAGAGAAAAAUGUAGCUGAUAAUUCAUCUCCACCGGUCCAAACUCUUAUUUUUGAAAAUACAAAUUAUUCUAAAACCACAAAAGGUCCAACGGACAUGGCAAUCAAGUCUAAAUUUUCAAAUCAUAUGAAAUCACAACAGAGAGUUGACAAGCGAAACGAAAUAGAAGAAGAUAAUCAGUUACAUCAGCAACAAGCUCUCUCUGUUGCAUUCUCUAAUAAACCUAAUGAUUUAAUGAAAGAAAAAACUCAAGAACCUAUUCAAAUGCCAUUGUCUUUCAAUAAAAGCGAAGAUAAUGCUGAUAUGAAACUAGACUUUUCAUUCGAUCCAGACUUGACACAACUUACAGAUGACAAAAGCAAAAGCCUUGGAAUGCCCAGAUCGAUGCACAUGACUGGAGGACAAAGUACCAUCUCUCCAUCAACAGCUGAGUUAAAUUUAAAGAUAGCUUCUGUGAAAAAAGUUUGGGAAAAUGCACCACCAAUGCCCACAGUUGUUGAACAUGAAGAUGGUAGCGUUGUUACAACAGCCAACAGCUUUACUCAGAGUUUUGAAACUGGAGAUGUUGAUGAUAACUACAGCCCUCAUCAGCAGUAUAACCAGAGCAAUAUGAAAAAUGAAAUUACUACGUCAACAAAUGUAUGCAAGCUGGUUCCCCCGCAGGUGAAGCCGCAGCAGCAAUCCUCCGGGAGUGGCGGCGCGCAGACAGGCUCCACCGUACCCGGUCCCAGUCCUAUUGGCCCUGGUCAGAGUCCCAUUGGACAUCCACCGGCCAGUCUUCAAGGUCCCCUGAGUCCUCCUCCAUUCAAUUCUACUGGACAACCCUCUCAUAUUAAUUACCAGGAAUUCCCGCAGUAUCCUGGAUCACAAGCAGCACAGUAUGGUAGCAUGUCUGCAAUUCCUUCACCACCAGCGGUUUUAUUUAAUACAGGAUCUGGACAAUUGCCUGCCCAGGCUGGUGGUCUCUACGGUGCAUUCCAGCUUGAUCAAAGUCGAUCUCCAUUUACACAGUAUCCGCCUUAUGGUCCGUCUCUUCAAAGUUCCUAUAAUCAACAGAAUAUGUACUUACAACAACCUCCACCACAUGCGCCAAACGCACCUGCACCUGAUAUGUAUCAAAGCAACUUGUCUCAAUAUCGAAUUCCAGCCGCUGCAGCACCACCGUUUGGUCAAAAUCAACAGCUCAGCAAUAAUCCUAAUCCAGUUUUAAUAAGUUCUUCAUCAAAUUCUUUAAUGUCAGCCAGUGUUAAACCGUCCUCACAGCCUAUUGGCACUAUCGGUACAAAAGCUCAACAUUUUCAAGCACCAUCUGCUCCUCAACCAAAUCAACUGACUUAUAUACCAUACGAUCCAAAUCAAGUUCUUGGUGUUAGUGGAAGUUAUAUGGGCAACUCUCAGUUAGUUCAACGAGCAGGUCCAAGUGUACAAGCAUCAGCAAACAGCUACUAUAGUGCUACGUCUGAUGUAUUUCCCGGAUCACAAACUGGAUUUUUCCAACCAGGAGGUGCAGCCCAGCAAACUGGAACUCACUACGGUCUUCAGGGGUUUGGCCAACACAGUCAAAGUCUAGCAACUGGGAAUGCAGCCCCCGUUGGUCUUCAGAGUUUUAGUUCGCAAUUUCUUUCUGGCUCUGGACUACAAAUUGCAGCAGCUGCUGCUGCACAGCAAUAUCGUAAUCCCACAGGUGGCUUGCCAGGACCCGCUAAUGCCGCAGCAACAUUUCUUAGCAAGCAUCAACAGCAAGAGCAACCGAGACAGCUAAAAAGCCCAUCGGGAAAUCAACAAGAUGUACUUGCUUCAGUUUUCAGUUCGACACCGCAAAUUCCAUCUCCAAAAUCUAGAAAUUGCAAACAACAAUCGCAAUCUCAACAACCUCAACCCAGUCCAACUCAACAUCAUAAAUAUCAACAAUAUCAGGGCGUCAAUCAGUCUGCUCUGGUAAGCAGCUACAAUACAAACUAUGUCCUUCAACAAAAUGUCCGAGGAAUGAGUAUGCCACCACGUGCCGGAAUUCAACCGUCACAACAACGUUAUCCACCACCAAUUCAAAGGCCUGUUCCUUUUCCACCUGGGCCAAAUCCAAAUAAUCCAAGCCAACAACAACAAAAUUGUAUUCCUUCACAACAACAAAAUCAAAUAAAUCGACACAGGCCAAACAUUCAUCAACAACAGAGAAAUAUGAAAAUGCAACAGCAAUAUUACUCUGGACAAGGUCAGUGUAAAAAUGGUAACGUGAAGAUGGAUACCAACGAGAAGGUUGACUCUCACAAUGAUAAAAUAGUAGAUGGAUCGGCUGGCAAUCAAGGAGGAGGUAAUAAAUCGAACGUAACUCAACAAGAUGGUGACGUGAAGGAGGAAGUUAAUCAACAAAAUGAGUAAAUCAACAACAUGAAGAUUUCGAUGAUAAACUUGAAGAUGUGAAUUUUUUAUGAAUUUAGAUAACUUUGAAUAAUUAAAUAGAAAAUGAAUAAGAAUAAUUAAAUAUGAAAAGAACACUUGGAUGAGGAUAUUCAACUAAUAUUGAACACAAUUAUCAACGCAUAUAGUGGACUCAUAUAUUUAAUCAUGAUGAAUUGCACUGGCUGGAAAAAUAACGUGCAAACAUUGUCUUAUUAACUAUACCUAGUAGACGAUUAGAUCAAUACAUUAUUAAAAAAAAAAACUAAAAAAAAAAAUGAAAAAUGUGCAGUUAUGAAGAAAAAAAGACGCCAAGUUGCAGGACGUGUAUGCACUUUUGCCUUUGUAGCUUAGCGAGAAAAUCUACCCAAUUGUCCUUACUGGCAUAAAUAAAUUACCUCAUGAAGUUGAAUGUUCGUAUCACCGUACCCGCAUAUAAUAAAUACGCUGGUACAAUUUGUUCUUCGUGGUUUUGGCUCAGACUUAAUAUCAGGAAAUAAUCAAACACACGUGAUUUUUCGUUACGAAGUCAGAGUGUCUUGGUUUAAAUGAUACAACGAUUACGGAAGGUAUGAGGGAACUGAAUUGAAAGGUUUUGAGUUUGUGUUCGGGAAAAAAAGGAAAAACUGUCUCGUUGAUCGGGAAAGUGAAUGAGUUGAUAAAAAUUUUUUUUUAAGACGAAUGGAUAACGACUGACUAUAGGAUUUAUGGAAAUGAGAUGCACGAUAAUAUAAAUUAACUAUAUCGUCUCUCCAUCAUCCACCUUUCCGUGGGAAUCACUUCGCUACGUUGAAACAAAAAAAAAAAAUCCGCUUAUGCAGAGUGAGGAAAAGUGCGUUUUCUUGUAUAAUUGCACAAACAAAUUUCCUCGCACUUAGGCAACCUAUAUUGGAUCUAAAUGAAAUGUGCUAUUGCAACCCACAAAGUCAGGAGACACUGUAUAUUUUCCUGCUUUCAUUUGCAGUUGAAACAUUAAUUAUUAUUAUACUUGAUGCUAUUCAAUGAAUGGUAAAAAUAAAAUAAUCAUAAUAAACGCUAGUAUUUACACAGAAAGAUACUGUCGUUACUAGUUUCAUUAUGCGGUAGUAGCAUACUGUGGUCAUCACUCGAGUUUUAUUAAUAAUUACUGAAGCGAUCAUGUUCCGACGUGUAUAAGAAUGUCUUGGUUUCUUUUGUUUCUUUUUUAGAUUCUAAUAAUAAUGUCAAGGAACAAAUCGAUCGUUAAAUACAAUAAUUCACUUAAUGUACUGCCAGUCGCGUUGACGACAUUAUCUAAAACAUUUUUCACAUCAUUAAUGAGUUGCCAGGAUGGCUGAAAUGUACAACAAAUCAUUGUUGUUCUGAGGUGUAUGUAAUAGUAAAAAGAUGAGUGAGAUGUUGGUUAAAAUACAACGCGGUUAAGUAAAACAAAAAAAAAAAUAAUUAACAAAAAAUAAUGUUAAAUGUCAAAUGGUCUAGGUCGCCUAAGAUUAUUACUUAGUGAAGAAGGUAUAAUAAUGAUAAUGUAUAAUUAAUUUUAAACAAAAUAAUACCGAAAUAUGUCUCUGUCUUGUCUUUGCAACUAUAUGAGCAAAUGAAAGAUAUAACUAAAAAAAAAAAAAAUAUAAACACAAAAUAAAUACGUGAAUUAAUGUAAAUGAAUAUAGCAUAUGCUAACAUGGAUUCUCUUUGCAUACUGAUGAAAUUCUACAACAAAAAAAAAAUGGUUAAAAAACAUAAAAUACAAUAAAAUAAAAGGCGGAAUGGAUGAAGGUACGAGUGCCUUCAAUAUGUGCUGCCGCACAAAAUACACGAGCCACAAUUAAACCGGCGUGUUUUUUUUUCAAUGCGACGAAAUAAAUAAUAAUUUUUUAGGAAAUGAAGAAUUUGUUGGUGUUUGUUCGCGAGUGGUUAAGUAAGAAAAACAAACAAAAAAACUUAAAAAAAUAUCUUUACACCAGAUCCUUUUUCACUCAAACUAUUAUAAUUAAAACUAUUCAUUAUUACUUUUACACUAUCAGUUUAUUAAUUAAUUUUAUUAAAAGAAAGAUUUAAAAAAAAAUCAAUUGCACGUGUAUACUCGGCGGGUUAGGAUGAUAUUUGUUGAGUGAUAGCGAGGACGAGUUGAUUAAUGUGUGAAAUUUUCGAAUGGUUAAAUGCCGUAGGUAAUUUAUAAUAAAUAAUUGAAGUUAAAAAAAAAAAACAUGAAACGAAAAAUAAAAAAGUCUGUUUAGUCACGUCUAUCGCUUGUAUAUGAAAUAAAACUUGAAAUGUAUCAAAGACAUUAAUAAUUGUUUAUACAAGAGUCUGUUAUUUAUUAUUAUUAUUA